CACAGCACAGCACAGCACAGCUCUCUGUACGGCGAGUCCUGGUCCAUGGAUGACUCCCUCAGGCCCCUCAGGCUGGCUGUGUAUCUGGCUGAAACAGGAGCCUCUGUCUUUCAGCCACAGACUAAAAGCAUGAAAACGGAGACAGACAAGAGCGCCCGACCUGAGAUCAGGACCAUUACAUCAUCGCUCUGAGAUAAAACCCAGGCCCGCCUCCUGAAACGUGAUUGAAGGAGGCAAACCAGUCCAGAGAGCUGAUUUGUUAAUGAGUACCGCUAAAUGGCGAGAGGGGGCGGAGCUUUAAAGGCGCGUAGGGCGCUUCAAAUACGGCUGUAGUGAAGACACACAGAGAAGAGCCGGAGAUUUCACAUCGGGCUUGUGCUAAUACCGUGAUGCUCGUGCUGACAGAGCUUUAACAGGACCGACAUACAAAGAAAAAAAACAGUGCGCCUCCAUCUGCUUGAAGGCAGGGACUGUAGAGAGAGGAGCAUCCGAGGACUGAAUGAGCCAACGCCUUUCUUUGAUCUUGAUCUUGAGCCUGCUUUUCCAAAACAUCGGCAAGUGUGACCAGCACUUGAGAUCUCCCAACAGACCGUCAGCAUGAAGAGAACUGCCAUUUCCACUCCACUGCUCUCCAUCUGCCUUGUUCUGAUUGCAUGUCACUGUUCCCUGGCAUCAUCAUUCUGCCCAGCGCAGUGUGUUUGUGAAACACGGCCUUGGUACACCCCUCAGUCUGUGUACCACCAGGCGAAGACCGUGGACUGUAACGAGCUCCAUUUGAGCACCAUCCCACGAAACAUAUCUUCUGACACUCAGGUGCUGCUUCUCCAAAGCAACAACAUCUCUGUGGUGACUUCGGAACUGCAGACCCUUGUCAACCUCACUGAGUUGGACCUCUCUCAGAACCACUUCACACAAAUCCAAGAUGUCGGUCUGGGCAACUUAACCCAGCUUGUCACUCUUUACCUGGAGGAGAAUCAAAUUAAAGAACUGCCUGAUUUCUGCAUGAAAGAUUUAAUCAGCUUGGAGGAACUUUAUAUAAAUCACAACCAGAUCUCCUCAAUUGGCCCACAUGCCUUUUCCGGUUUAGGGAACCUGCUUAGGCUCCAUCUAAAUUCAAACAAAUUGGUAGCUAUUGAUAGUCAGUGGUUUGAAUCCCUUCCAAACCUGGAGAUCCUCAUGAUAGGUGAGAACACUAUUCUUGGCUUGCAAGAUAUGAACUUUCACCCUCUUUCUAAAUUGCACAGUCUGGUACUAGCUGGCAUGGGCCUCAGGGACAUACCUUCCGGAGCUUUUCAAGGACUGGAAUACUUAGAGAGUCUCUCAUUUUUUGAUAAUAAACUGACAAAAGUGCCCAGAGAUGCCCUGCGUGCUCUACCAAACCUGAAGUUCCUCGACCUCAACAAGAAUCCUAUUGUGUAUGUGCACGCAGGUGAUUUCCAGGACUUUGCCCACUUGGAAGAGCUCAGCAUGAACAACAUGGAGGAGCUUGUGGCUGUGGAAAGAAAUGCGUUUUUUAACCUCCCGCAGAUGGCAAAGUUGGAGGUUUACAACAAUCCUCGUCUGUCUUAUAUUGACCGCGAAGCUUUCCGCGGCAUGGCUAGCUUGCGCACUUUGCUGUUCCACAACAAUGACCUCACCCUCCUUCCUCAGGAGGUGUUAUCUUCCUUCCCCAACCUGGAUGAGGUCAGCCUCCAUAGUAACCCCCUCAGGUGUGACUGUCUCUCGAUAUGGGGGCCAGUCUUUGGUAACCAGUCAAGUCUCAAGCUUCUGGAAUCCAAGAUCACUAUGUGUGCCUCUCCUCCCAAUCUAGUAGGGCACCCCCUCCAGGAAGUGGUGUCAAAUAACUGGGACAUGGCAAGUAACACCUGUCUGCCAGUCAUAUCUCUGGCUAGUUUCCCUCCCAAGCUGAACGUCACAGCUGGUCAGCCCUUGACGCUUAACUGCCGUGCCGUGGGUGACCCUGUCCCUCAGUUUUACUGGGUAACACCGACAGGUGACAAAAUCACCUCAGAAGUGGUAUCCCCAGCACUGAAUAAGGACAGCAGUGGCACAAAGAAGCACAGAAUGCAGGACCAAGGAGCUCUGGAAAUUGUCCAUGUUGAGCCGGACGAUGCAGGUUUAUAUACAUGCGUGGCAUGGAAUACAGAAGGUGCAGACACCCGAAGUGUCUCUGUGUAUGUAGACAAGAGUAACUGGCGUGAUGACCGACAGAAAAACAACCAGCAAGGUGGAAGGAACUCCACUGGUGCCCUGGUUAUCCUUGCAAAAGUCAUCCAUGCACAAUCAGUAGUAUUGGAGUGGAAAGUUUACCCAACUACGCGUGCCUCCAGCCAUGAGAUGCCCCAACCCAAGUGGCUCAGUGCCACUAUGAGAAUCAACAACCCUCACAUUAGCUACACGGCAAAGGUCCCGGUGGACGUUCAAGAAUACAACCUCACGCACCUGUUACCCUCAACAGAAUACCAAGUCUGCCUGACCAUGGCCUCGACAGAGCAGCAAACUCAGCAGUCCUGCAUCAAUAUCACCACCAAAGAAGCCAGCUUUGCUGUGGAGAUAGUUGCCCAACCGAGCAAUGUUGCCUUGGCAGCAGUGAUGGGCUCCAUGUUUGCCAUCUGUAUCAUGGCGCUGCUGGUGUUUUACAUGGGAAGACGUAUAAAGCAGAAGUCCUGCCAUCACUCGUUAAAGAAGUACAUGCAACACGCCACCUCGAUUCCCCUCAACGAGCUCUACCCACCACUCAUCAACCUGUGGGAGAACGAAACCGAGAAAGAGAAAGAAGGGUCCGUCGACCCUCAAAGCUCACAGAUAGACACCUCAAAGACAUACAUGUGGUAGUACAGUACAGGCAUAGAAAGACAAAAAGACACUUUAAACUAAAGUAUGUAUGGUGCUGUACAUAGACGAUAAUUGUACGUAGUUACUUACUAAGAUGUCAUUGUGAAAGAUGUAUUUUUAGAUUGUAUAACCCUCCAUAGCCGAAACUUAUUCGGGUACGGUUGUGAAGCGGCUAUAUACAGAGUAGAUGAAUUUUUAAAAAGUGCCCAGCCAAACACACCCCUGCAAUAAUCUCACAUGAAGUUUUCUGUAAACAGUUUAAACAUUAAGCAUGCAGAUAUACCCAUUAUUUGUAUAAUUUACUAAUCAUAGAAACAUUAAUAUCUGUCAUGAGUCUAAACCAAAAACUUCACAGGCUGUAGAAAGAGUCAAAGCAGCAUAUUUUGGAUUUCUUGCAUGGUUUUCUUGCAUGCUGUUUCAGUUAGUUCUUUAAAAUGACCUUCAUUUUUCUCACGUCCUAAAAUACAAAGGUGUGAGAAGGUGGAAAGCAGACAACUUCUGUAUCCACUACAAUGUUUAUCACCUCCACCGAAUUCACAAACCUUAUCUGCCAGGUCUUGUGAAAAUCGUUAUUACUUGCAAAUAAUUAGCUGUCAAGCAUAAUUAAUAAUUGCUACAGCAACAACACAGCUACGUGUAUUCACUUUUUACUUUUGGAUCUCACUUUUGAUCUGUAUAUUUCUGAAUGUAGAUAUUUUUAUUAUUACUAUAAUUAUUACUUUUUUCCCCACUUGGAACAAGUCGAAUGAGGUGUCACACUGGAAGUCUGGAAUAAUUUAUUUUAGAAAACACCUACGAUCUGUCACCUAUAAAAAAAAAAUAAAAUAAAAUAAAGAAAAAAGAGCUAAGGUUUAUAAAUAAUAGAAAUGGUGACACAGUGUUGUUUUUUUUGGCUCUGUACUCAAGCACAGGGAAUUUAAAAUCAGCUUAAAUUGCAAAGGCACAGCUUUUUUAGACAGUGUUUUCAGAGUUUUUGACACCAUACGUCUGCUAUGUUUUCCACUGAAUGUAAAUAACCACCUAAUCGUGAAAUUCUAAGCAUUUUCAGUUUUAGUUAGGAAUAUUUCUUAAGAAUUUCUGGCCCUGAAAAACUGUAUAGAAGAACCAGAGCAGCCCUAGAUCAUUAUCUGCAGAUAAAUUCCUCUUUUGUGUUAUCUCAACAUUUUUUGUAUUUGAAUAUUUUAGUUCAUCUACACAACACUUUUUUUUUUAAUUAUCAUAUUAUCAUAAACUGCAUUGCAUGUAUACUUAGCUGCAUACCAAAAUUUUAAGUUUUGUUUCUGUCAAAAAAAAAAGAA